AUGUUAUUUACUGGGUGUCAAAACAACGUCGUUUUAGUGUUUGGCACAUGUUUAAGACGACGUCGUUUUAGUUUCCUCCCAGUCCCACAGCCCAGUACCGCCGCGUUCACUAUCCGAACACAAAACCCCUACUUUCAAAACCUUCGUCUCUGUUGGGACCUGAGAAAAGGAAAGGAAAGGAAAAGAAAGGGAAAAAUGGAGGAGAGAGCGAAAUACUUGGCCUUGGUGGGAGCUGGAGCUCUUUUGGGCUCUGUUUCUACAGUCCUACUUCUUAAGCUUCUUCCGAGAUGUGUCGCAAGGCAAUGCAUGGAGAAGGCGAUUAAAAUUAAUGGUCAAGGACUUAUAUCUGAGAAUGAUAAAAGCUACACGGUUGCUGAGAACCAGAAUCAUGGGAUGGCUGGUUUAGACCUUCUAAAAGACGAGAUAGUUUCUGAACAAUUGACCAGGAACAUUCAAUUCUUUGGCCUUGAGUCUCAACAGAAAGUGACUGCAUCCUAUGUUGUGGUCAUUGGUCUUGGAGGGGUUGGCAGUCAUGCUGCAUCUAUGCUUUUAAGAUCAGGGGUUGGUAGGCUUCUCCUUGUGGACUUUGACCAGGUAUCACUUUCAUCACUUAACCGACACGCUGUUGCAACAAGAGCAGAUGUUGGCAUUCCAAAAGCCCAGUGCCUCAAAGAGCAUUUCCUGUCUAUCUUCCCAGAGUGCCAUAUAGAUGCAAGAGUGCUAUUAUAUGAUGCAUCUUCUGAAGAAGAAAUUCUUUCAGGCAAACCUGACUUUGUUUUGGACUGUAUUGAUAACAUUGAUACCAAGGUGGCACUUCUUGCUGCAUGUGUACGUAGGGGUCUGAAGGUUCUAUCUGCUACAGGAGCUGGUGCAAGAGCUGAUCCAACAAGAAUACGGGUUGCGGAUUUGAAAGAGUCAACAAAUGACCCACUAUCUCGAUCUGUGAGACACCGACUAAGGAAAGAUUAUGGUAUUGAUGGUGGCAUUCCUGUUGUGUUUUCACUGGAGAAACCCAAGGCAAAACUGCUUCCAUUUAAGGGACCAAGUGGAGAAGAAGAAAAUCCCUCAAACUAUCAAAUAGUACCAGGGUUUAGGGUUCGCAUAAUACCUGUUCUGGGUACCAUCCCUGCAAUUUUCGGACAGGUUAUGGCCUCCUAUGUUGUGACACAACUAGCAGGGGUGCAAGUUCAAACAGAGCCUGUGGUAAAUUUGGACGUGGAUCAUUACAGGAUGCUUCAUCAACGUCUUAUCGAGCAUGAGGAGUCACUGUAUGGCACAGCCAUGGAAGUCCAGGUAGAUACAUUUCAUCCUUUUGUAUGAAUCCAUGACCUCACCUUCCACCUCAUAUUUAAGGUGGGAAGAGAUACCAUUUAGUAAAAAGACUAUCAGCAGAAAGUUAAGUGCUAAUAAGAAUUCAAUUAGUAAACAUGGAUUCUAUUAAAUUAGGUUGAAUGAGUUUAGCUUCCUAUACAUUCAUCAAGACAAAAAAACCUUAGCUUCCUAUGCAAAUGGUAAGGAUCUUGGUCUUGUGGUAUUCUAUUAGGUCUAAGGUUCGAAUCCCCUUGGGUGCAAACAAUUCUUUGCGGCCAAUCCGCCAGCAAAGCCAGAAUAUUACUCGAUCCGUGUGGAGAGGGCGCUUUACACGGUUCCGAAGUUUACCUUUACCUGAGAGGGGUGGGUAUACGAAGUAAACUUGCCUUGGAGGGGUUCCUCAUCAUAAAAUAAUAAUAAUAAUAAUAAUAAUAAUAAUAAUAAUAAUAAUAAUAAAUAAAUAAAUAAAUAAGCUUCCUAUGCAAAUGAGAAUAGCAAUGCCACCACAUGCUAGAUAAAGUCUUUGAACCUUGUCUGUUGUCAAUUUUAUGUAAUCUAUUGCCAUUUU